CCAACAGACGUGAUUUUGGUUUAGAAUUUAACCAUGCGUGUCUCUGUUGUUAACAACCCAUCAGUCUUUAUUGUUGAGCGCUGCAUAGAUGCGACGCAAUAAAAAAAAAAAGAUGCCCCAAAAGUGAUUUAUUGCUGUUAUUUGUACGUAGUUCCCUUUUUGCCCAGCCCCCACAGGAUUGUGAUCAUUUUACAUGGUAGCAAAGAUGGAGUUUAUCAGAGAAAAAAAAAAAAAAAUCAACAUCCACAAAUCCAUCCAUUUUAUUCCUCUAUUCUAAGGUAAGGUCACAGGGGCAGCAUCAGUAGCUAAGCGGCCCAGAAAUCCCACCUUUUCUGAGUGAAUACUGAGGCGUAUACUGUGAAGAAACAUACUCUUCAGUGGGUCCUGGGCUAAACUCCUUGUGAGGGAAGUCAAGUUCCUCCUCGAGUGGCCUCUUUCAAUGUCCAGAAACAGCUAUUCUUCAAUCCUCUAAUGUCCUCUCUCUUGGAGCUGCAUUUUUUUUCUUUCAUGAAAUGCAUUAACUCCUCCACCUGGGGUCGGAUUUGUUUCAGCCACUUGGACACCAGAGACUUUCGGCCUCAUACCGUAUCCUUUACACUAGAAGGUCUCCACAUCAUCGGCAAAAAGCAUGAAUGAGAUAAUGAUGUCACCAAACCGCAGACUCUCUCCAGCCGGGCUGCUUUGACUUAUGACCAGCAAUAUGGACCAGGCUCUGACAACAGUCACAUUGGGAACUGAAUAAUGGCGAAGCAACAAACUGACAUAAAAGUGACUGAGGUCUUUAACGCUGAUUCAAUAUGUGCAACAAAACAAGUGAAAUGGAAAACCAAAGAACAAGAGCUCUUCUUGGAAACAAAAAACAGGUUUAUAACUUUAAAAUCUGUUUACAAUAAAAAUAUAAACAUAAAGACAUCAAAAAUCAUCCCAGAAGAAUUGACCUUGUUAAAUCGGAUCUGCUUGUACAAUAAUUCUAUUUAUGUUUUACGAGGUGCUUGGUAUCGUUAUUAUACAGUUGUGGUUCGGUUUCAAAGCCAUCAUGUUUUCUGCUAUAAACUCUUCUCUGGCAAUCCCUCUACACAGCAGAUGGAUCAGCACCAAACCCUGGUCUGACUGCAGACUCACUGGUGAAAUGGAUUGUACCAUUUAUUAGACUGGAAUGAAACUAAAUAAGAAACUAUGUAGUGAUCAUCUAGACAAUGGGUGUGUUUGCCUUCACAAAAAUAGCCUUGAAAUAUUGCCUCUCCAGAGCUCAUAUAGUGUGUGUUAUUACCCAUCUUUAGCCCAUGAUACGUAGCUGUAAAUAUUUCAAUUAAUUCAUGUGCUUUGGCAAGGUCUCUGUUUGCUCUGGCGCCUCCCUUACAACAUGAUCUGGAGGAAUCCUUCCUGUUGGAGGAGACAAAUGUCAUUGUUUAUGCAGUCAGCAGAAAAAAAAAAGGUUUUCUUUGAAAGAUUAUUAGUGACUGUCAUCCUGUCACGGUAGCAAAGAGAAGACACAUCAGCUGGGCGGUGUGCCGAACUUGGCCCAGCAUCACUGAUGGUCAGCUUAUUAUUGUGAUAACAUUCUUCUGCACAUCGCAGUCACCUUCCUGUAACAGCAGCCACACAAUGCUGGAGCACUCACUGCACCUUUUCACUUUGUAUCUGGCAAACAACAACAUCCCUCUACUUCCAUGGCACGAGGUUUGCCAACACCUUUCAGAUCAACCGCUUGUGUUGGUCAUCAUUUUCCGUUUGGACCUCAUCUUUCUUUCAUAGCCAGCUGCCUUAACUGUUCUCUAUUUUGUGUGUUUUCUUCACUGAGCGUUGGCCAACAUAAGUUUGUGAAAUAUCUUAUACAAUGCUGAUUUUUGUUUUUACAGGUGGUGCAUUUUCAAAGGAGUUGGGUGUGUUGUUUAAUUUUACUUAUUUAUGUGUGUCAUUUUUAGUCCACUUGCUGUCAUCCAUAUUCAUGGGUGUGAUUCUGCCUCCUUCACCCCCCUCCCACUUCUGUCCCUCCCACCUCGAACCACCUGAUUCAGAUCACUAUACAUCCACCGUCCUAGUGGCAGUCACCUCCAUCCAUCACAAGUCUUGUUUGUCACUAACUGAUCCAAGUGAAUGAAGGUAGACGUGGUGUCAGCGGAGAUGUUGGCAGGUGUGCUAGGUCUGGGCAUCAUCCUUUCAGCUUUACCAGGUAUCCAGAGCAGGUGGAGUGUGUCGUUUUCAAGGAGAGAAAUCUGUGUGUGGGCAGGAACGACUGUCACUCUGCCAUGUCGCUAUGACCAUCCGUCAGGCCACACUGUGAAGCGAGUCAUGUGGUUCCGUGUGUCCAGUGAGGGACGGAGGGAUUUCAGCCACCACUCGGACCCAAACCAGAUCAGCCUGUCCUACAGAGGACGCACACGAUACGUUGGGGGCAACUACUACAGCUGCUCAGUCCAGAUUCGAGGUGUCCGGCUCAGUGAUGCAGGCCACUAUUACUUCAGGUUUGAAACUGACCAGCCAAUGGGCAGGUGGACAUCUGCAGACACCAUCAACCUUAUUGUCACAGAUUUGCAGGUCCAGCUGCAUCCGGUGCGGACAGCCAACAUGUAUGGAUCGGGGGAAACUGUGUUUGUAGGCUGCCAGGCCAGUGGUUGUGCUGCUCCGGGGCGAAGCCUUGCUCUGUACAGGAACGGCCUGAACCUCGGCUCCUAUGAGAAGUGGAUGACAAUCAGCCGCUUUGACAAACAGCACGCUGGCGUGUACACGUGUCGACCAGUUCCACCUCAGAAUGUCCAGUCCCCGCCAGUUUCUGUGUCCCUGGGCUAUGCUCCUCGCUUCACCACCAUCACGGUCUAUCCACCCGGAGAGGUGACUGAGGGAGGGGAGGUCACACUGACCUGCAACAGUGAAGCAGCUCCACCUGUGGAGAGCUUUGCGUGGUUUAAAGAUUUGGACAGUGGCAGUGUCCCGGACAAUUUUCAGUCUCAGCUCUUCCUGUCCAGUCUGAGAUACACUGACCAAGGAGAAUAUUACUGCGUAGCACGGAACUCGCUGGGAACUCACCGCUCCAAAUCUUUGCUACUAAAUGUCACAUAUGCUCCGAAGAACACCCGCGUGGUGCUGAGUCCACUUGGUGACAUCAGAGAGGGCUUCUUUGUCAACCUGAGUUGUGCCAGUCACGCCAACCCCCCCGCCAACAGAUUUGCUUGGUUCCGUAUCCUGGGCGACCAGGUGCUGGCGAGGGGAACGUACCAGAACCUGACAUUCCCAUCAGUGCGAGCCCACCACACUGGUUAUUACUACUGCAGAGCCUGGAACCGUUUGGGAUCCCAAACCUCUCACACUGCUACCCUCACUGUGCUGUACCCCCCAAAGAACACUUCAGUCCUGGCUCGCCCCUCCAGCGUGGUGGAUGCGGGCCGACCGUUGACCCUGACCUGCAGCAGCCAGGCCAACCCAGCCGUGGACAACUUCACAUGGCACCGCUUAACUCCGGACGGGGGCUCUGUACAAUCAUGGGCGACCCGCUCCGGUCCUGUCUACACGUUCUCAGAGGUGGGCCCGGGAGAGAGCGGCCAGUACUACUGCGAGGCCCGGAAUCGAAUUGGAGCGCACAACUCGCCUGUCCUCACCGUUCGAGUCCGAGGUCGACUGAAGGUCAUAGCCCUGGCGUCGGCAGUGGGCGUGUCUGCCGCACUCAUCACCCUAACUGUGGCUGUUAUGAUCAGUAAAAACAUGCACAAAGUUGAGAUGGAGUCUGCUCAAGCUGCACUACAGCAGCCAUUGGAUACAGCUGACAGAAGGUUUGAUGAGUCAGACCGGCAACCUGUCCCGGUGCGAAGGAUGGCUGACAUACCAGAAGAGCCGGAGGAGUCAAGUGACAACGCUCAUCCCGCCAUAGUUCCUCUUCAAGAGGCUCCUCCGGUCGUAGAGGGUCACUUCGACAACCCUGUGUCUCACCACAACUGCGUGCAGCACCCCAAAAUGUCCAGGGAGGAAGUGCAGAUCCACCAUACGCCACUAGUGGGCGAUCGAAAACCAAAAGACUCCCCUAAAGUUGUUUACAGUCUGCUGACCCAACCUCUUCGCUUCUGACCAGACACACAUGAGCAAGCCACAAGUAAGUUUUCGGGCUUAAAAAAUGUCAGCACGGUGAGACCCAAACAGUCAUGUAGUGAAGUGUGGAUUAUCAUGUGUCAGUCAGUGUCCUGUAGUGACAGGUCAUGUUUGGUUCUCUUUUUGAGGCUAAAUCUGCCUUAAGGAAGUGGAGGCAGCGAACCAGAAAUGGGUUCAUGAGCAGAGGGUCACUGAUGCAUUGAGGGAUUCAUCAAGCAUCUGCUGAACCCCUGAACUUUAAAUUCCAAGGCUUCGUGAUGCAAUCACUUUUAGUCACAUGUUAACGCUUGUAUUCUGCGAAAUAGUUUUGGUUGGUUAGUGAUGCAAGAAAUGAGGAAUUACUGUAAACUUGUCAGAUUAAUGUGGUUCACGACCAAACACAGUGGCUCACCAAGUGUCAAGAGAUAAAAAUCGAUCUUGUUUCACAACACUUUUUUUUAGCAGACUACAUUACUUGCUGCCUCAAAAGUCAGUCUGAAGUUUAGAAAUUGUUUGUAGUCCUGUGUUUUUUUUCCUUCCAAAUCUUCCUGUCAGAGUCAACCUCACAGUCUUCGUCGGUGAAUCAGUCACUUUGCUCCCAUCCAGCCGAAGCGGACGGGAAGUCGAGGGGUGGGGUGGGGGGCGCUCUCUGGAGAUGACCGUGCUGUUCUGGAUCGCCUGUGCUUCAUCAGACCAUUGAGGCCACAUGUGGGCCCGCUGCUGGCUGGGUCUCCGCUCAGCUCCUUCCACUGCAUGUACCUCCCUAAAAUCCUCUGCAGCUAAACCACAGGACCGUCCGAGUGUUUUGUAAAAAUAUGCCUGCAUCCUGAUUCCAGAAAUAAGGUGACACGUCACUUACCUGUCGGCUGCACGAUGGCUGCCUCACCGCUGAUCUGUUUUGUAUUCAGUCGGGAUGAGAGAAAUAAAAAAAAACCCAUUAUGCCUUAUUUUCCUUCAUAGCAGUUUCCAGUCCCCACAAAACAUUUUAUUAAUAAUAUUAUUAUUAUUGAAUAUUUCAGUUGUG